AUGCUCCGAUACAACGUGUUCUACCAUGGAGACUUUAAGAAAGUCCUGGUCGCCAACCGUGGAGAGAUUGCAUGCAGAGUAUUCCGUACCUGUCGCGAAAUGAACAUCCGUACGGUAGCCGUUUGUUGUGAGGGUGAACCCAACGCGAAGCACGUGUUGGAGGCCGAUGAGGCAUUCGUCUUGGGCCCACCCCCAGCGUCCACGUCCUAUCUGCGAGGCGACCGCAUCAUAUGCGCAGCGAAAAAACUUCAAGCUGACGCCGUGCACCCGGGCUACGGAUUUCUUUCCGAAAACGCUGAGUUCGCUUCGGCGGUUUUGGCAGCGGGGCUGAAGUUUGUAGGACCACCGCCGGCCGCCAUGUUGUCAAUGGGCUCCAAGAGUGAGAGCAAGCGCAUCAUGGAAGCGGCUGGUGUGCCCAUCGUGCCUGGCUACUACGGAGAAGAUCAAAACCCCGAUCGGCUGUUACAUGAGGCCAAAACUAUUGGCUUUCCGGUCCUGAUCAAGGCUGUUUCCGGCGGUGGCGGAAAGGGGAUGAAGAUUGUGAUGGAAGAAACUGAGUUCCACCUCAUGCUUGAGAGCGCCAAGCGUGAGGCCAUUAACUUCUUUAAGGAUGAUCGCGUUAUUUUGGAGCGAUACGUAAUGCACCCCCGCCACAUUGAAUGCCAAAUUUUUUUCGAUAGUUUUGGCAAUGGUGUUUUCUUCUUUGAGAGAGAUUGCAGCGUCCAAAGGCGCCACCAGAAGGUGAUUGAAGAGGCCCCGGCGCCAGGUCUCAGCGUGGACAUGCGCCGCCGAAUCGGCGACGUAGCUUUGACGGCAGCAAGGGCUGUCGGAUACGUCGGAGCCGGUACGGUGGAGUUCAUAUUUGACACUGAGAAAGACGAAUUUUUCUUCAUGGAGAUGAAUACUCGCCUUCAGGUGGAACACCCGGUGACAGAGCAGGUGUGUCAGGUGAGGGGGAGGCCAUUGGAUCUCGUGCGGCUGCAGUUGCAAACGGCAAUGGGCCUUCCUCUGGGAUUCCGUCAGGAGGACAUUUCUAUGAGCGGAGCCAGCGUCGAGGCUCGUAUUUACGCCGAAUCGCCGAGGAAUGGGUUCCUUCCCGUGGGUGGCCGCCUACGUUACCUUAAAGAGCCUCCCCAAGGCAACCGAGGUACUGUAAAGGUGCGCUUGGACACGGGUUUCCGUGCCGGUGACGACGUGUUAGUUCACUACGAUCCUAUGAUCGCAAAAUUGGUUGUGUGGGGUGACAACCGCGCCACCGCCCUCGAGGGUCUGCGGACGGCACUGGCUUCUUAUCACAUUGUGGGUGUGGAGACAAAUAUUGACUUUCUUCAGUGCUGCCUCUCGAACCCCGGCUUCGUCGAGGGGGGCGUGACAACUAGGUUUAUUGAGGAUAACAGCGUUAAUUUGCUCCAACCAAGGGAAAUCCCAAAUAAUGUUUUGGCACUAGCGGCUGUGUCGUAUCUCUGCUCGCAAAGAGGCACGUCUACGUUGUUUUGGCCGAACCGCCAGAUAUCUCAGGGUGUCUGCUUUACUGUGGGUGGAAACCCUGUUGUCGUUCGUGUCACUGUCUCCACAAAGAUGUGUUUCACCUGCGACUUUGACAGCAGUUCUGUGACAGUCUAUGUUGAGAGCACGACCAACAUGCCGGAUUCUUCUACCUUCAUUAGGGUUACGGUGGACGGAGAAACACGGUUUGGUUUCACGUCAUUUGUCACCGACAGCGAGGUAGCUGUAGCACUGCCGCAGGGUUUCUACACGUUGGCCCUGCAACCUCUGGCCACAGACUUUGGGAGUACUUCUGCUCAGGCCAACGGCUCCGCGUCCGUGCUCAGCCCUAUGCCUGGGAAGGUCACAAAGCUGCUCGUUGCCGAUGGUACGCUUGUGCAGCAGGGUCAGGCAAUACUUAUACUUGAGGCGAUGAAAAUGGAGCAUGUUGUGAAGGCAUCAUGUGACGGAGAGGUGAAGUUUUGCGUUCAUGCAGAUGGCAUAGUCGGAGGAAGCACUUUACUUGCCCAUAUUGCCUCUGCUGCAGUUUAA